CGCAUGCGCCCUUUGAACCGAGCAAAUCCUCGACCUCACCAAGAUGGCGGCCGCCCGGUAACCAGGGAGCCGCGUUGGCGCCUUAGUAACGCGGGCCGCGGCUCGCACCAUGAAGCCGAGCAAGGGGAAAACCAAAGAAGAUACCUGGAAAACAGAGGAAUUGCUCAAGCAUAUUAAAGCUGCCCAUGGAGAUCAUCCAGAUGACAGUGAGAAAAAGAGCAAAGCAAAGAAAAAACAUAAGGAGGAGGAAGAGUCUGAAGAGCGUUUACAUAGGCAACGGGACCGAGAUAGACAAAGGGAUAGUGAUAGACAAAGAGAUCGAGAUAAUGACAAAGUGAGAAGCAAAGCAAAGGAGAGUGAUGGAGACCGUAAUAAAGACCUGGAACAUGAAAAAGUGCACAAAAAAGUUAAGAAUGAAGAAAGAGAUAAAGACCGAGGAAAGAAAAAAGAAAAAGAAAGUGAGAAACGGAAAGUCAGGGAUAGAGACAAAGAGUCAGGCCACAAAGUUCGUGAUGAAGUUGGAUGUGAUUUUAACCUAGAGAGUUCUGCAAAGCGGGGACAUGAAUCUGAGAAGCACAGAGAUAAAGAAAGAGAUAGGAGAAAAGAACAAGAAAAACACCGAGAAUUUGGGAAAGAAAUUGAUGGGAUUGGUGACCAGCGACUGAGCCAUCGGCAGAAGAAGGAGAAAGGGAGUUUGGAAUUGUCGAAAGAUGAAGAAAAGGAAAGAAAACACCGUGAACGAAAAGAAAAGGAAGGGAAAAACACUGAAAGUAAUGAAGAAGGCAAAGAGAAGAAAAGAAGAUCUUCUGAUUUAAAAGAUGAUGAUUCCGAGUGCCGACACAAGGAGCGUAAGGAGCAUGGACUUCGUGAUAUACAUCGUGAAAAGAAGCAUAGGGACAAACAUGAGUCUGGUCUGGAGGCCAAGGGUGAGGACGUGGAAAGGAAACAGAGAGAGAGAAAAGUCAAAGAAUCCAAAGAAGAUAAGAGAAAGCAUCAAAAUAAAGAUUUUAAAGAUCCUGUUAGGGAGCGGGAACACAAGGAGAAAGAAAAAAAAGAUUUGGAAAGAAGGGAAGAUCGAGAGCGAAAAUACAAACAUAAGAAGGGGAGGGAAGAGCACGGAAAACAAGGAGAAACUAAUAAGGAACAGUCUGGCAGGAAGAAAAGGGAACAGAGGCAUCUGCCUGAAUUUACAGAUGAAAGCAAAUUAAAAGGGAUUUCAGUGGAUCAAGAAAAACUUGCAGGAACUCUCUCAGAAGAGAGUACAGGUAGACUUCAAUCAACAUGGCGGUCCAGUCAGGUCGCAAUGAGUGAUGAUGAUCUGGUUGAAGGAGAGGAAAUUGUAAUGGAAAACAAACCCACUUUUGAAUCAUCAAACUACGAAGAUGACUUUGAGGACUAUGAUGAUGACUUUGAGUCAGGUGAAUGCGAAGUGGAGGAGGAAAGGGAAGAUGAGGAAAAAAAACAAGAAAAAGAGGAAAUGCCACCACGGCAGCGAGCUGAGAUUGAAGCAAUUCAAAAAGCCAUUACUGCAGAAAAUGAAAAGAUCAGCGCAACAUGGGUUAGAAGCAAUCAAAAAACAUACAAGGAAGAACCCAAAAAAGAUUUAGAAGCAUCACAAUCUAGAGGACCUGUACGUGGAACAUACAUUGAUUUUGUGGCAGCAAAGCAGAGGGAGAUCAACUCGAAGGUGGCCUGUAAACAAAAAAAGCGCAGUGUUGAGCUGCUCAGACUGAUUGACUUGGAUUUCUCAGUUAGCUUUUCAAUGCUUGAUAUGCCUCCAUUGAAUGAGUAUGAUGUGUACAUCAAAAGCUUUGGGCGAAGAAACACUAAGCAGGCCUUUGUGCAGAGCAAUGAAGAUGAUGUGGACAGAGACAUUCAAACAGAUGAGAUUGAAACAGUUGACAAAUGGACACAACAUCCUGGAGAGGGUAUCCUGGUGUGUGGCGGACUUCCCAAACCCGGAGAAAAUAUUGAUACCUUUUCCUCGGAAACAUUGAUUAAGAAUAUUGACUCUCGAAGGCUGACCAACUUCCUAAGAUCUGCUUGCCAGGUAAUUGCUGUGUUGCUUGAAGAAGAUCAAGCAGAGGACCAAGCCAGCAAGAAUAUUCAGUCAAAAGCAACCAGUUUUUCUGUCAGUGAUGGAUGCUCUCAGUUGAACACAACGUUGCCUUUUUUACAUGGUCGUGAAGUGUUAUACUUACAUUUCUCACGAGUGCAAAGACAAAUACUGCUUUCAGUGCACAGCCUUCCUAAAGAGCCUGGCUUGGUCCAGGUUGCCAGCUAUUACAUAAUAUGUGUUUGGAAUAUCUGGGAGGCAUCGUUUCCUCAGAAAGUCCUCAUCUGUGAAUCCGAGGUGCAAUGUUGUUGCUUUGGCCCAGGUAACGUAUCAUCUGUGUUUGCUGGAACGAUGGAUGGUUCAAUACUGGCUUGGGAUCUACAUGAAUGCUCCAUUAUACACCAAAAUCUUCAGAUUGGAGGGCAGGAAUGGACACUUAGGUUACCAACAUACACUACUGAUGGGAUUCUGACAGCAGUAAAUCACUCGUCUGCAGUGAAGGCUAUUGAUCCAGUGUCAUCUGCUUCCUAUGAUAAUUGUAUUGGGCUUUCACUCUUGACAUCCCAACAAGGAAGUUCUGGACUAUCAUUUCAGCUGGCAUCACUUGAUGAAAGUGGUUUGCUUAACCUGUGGGUUGUGGUUGAACUCCAAAAGGCAGACCUUGCUGGUUCUCUGACUGAUUUAGGACUGAUUCCUGGUGGAAAGAUGAAGUUGAUCCACAGCUCUUCUAUUGAUGUAACCAGCUUUUUCCCAAAAAAUCUGAUGCAGCUGGGAUGUCCUCGGACCCUGAGUAUCAAGUUUCUGCCAUCAGAUCGUAAUCAUUUCUUUAUUGGAACAGAUAUUGGUCUUGUGAGCCACGGUACACGUCAUGGCUUGCAAGCAACUCCUAGACUGUACAGACCUCAGUCAAGUGAUGCCAGACCUAUUCAAGUCACUUGUAUUGACUUCUGUAAUUUUGAAAAAACAUUGUUCUUGGUUGGGUGUUCAGAUGGAACGAUUAGACUGCACUCGGUGACAAAUGAGUGGCCCAUUUUACAGUGGAAUGAAAGUACAAAGGGCAGUCCAAUCCGGAGCGUGCUGUGGGCAUUAACACGGCCUGGCAUGUUUUUUGUCCUCGACGCGGAAUCGCAUGUAUAUGUGUGGGACUUAAUGCAAGAUGUUUCCAAACCGGUUGUAGAGGAGAGUCUUCAGUCCGAUAGGAUUACAACCAUGGCCAUUCUAGGUGAUCCAGAGAAACCAAAUCUGUCUUCAGGCCUGAUGUUGGCAAAGCAAUCUGGAGCAAUUGAGAUGCAGUACCUACAGAAGAGGUGGUCAGAACCUCAUCUCAAUGAACUAGAGACUUUGCAAUAUAUUUUGCAAAAAAAUGUGUAGAAUUGUGUACAGACCAUAUCAUUGAACUGUAAGAAUGUCCACAGACGGUUUGUAAAUGUGCAAAUUAUUAUAGAUUUUUGUAAAAGUUAUUUAUAAAUUUUCAUUAUAGCAAAUAUUGAACAAGUCUAUAAAGAACUUAUAACACAA